GUGGUCACAACAAAAAAGGAGCGAUACUUAUGUGUGUCGUCGGCGGCAAAAUGAGUGAAGGAAUCAAUUUCAGCGACCAUUUGGGUCGAGGAGUCAUUGUUGUCGGUCUGCCGUACGCUAACAAACAAUCGCCUGAAUUGAAAGAGAGAAUCAAUUAUUUGAAUUCAUUGAAACCCGAGUCCGGAAAUGUGUUUUAUGAAAACUUAUGUAUGAAAGCAGUGAACCAAUCAAUUGGAAGAGCAAUCCGGCAUAAAGACGAUUUCGCGGUUAUUAUUCUUUUAGACAAUAGAUAUACAAACAGAGCGAACAUAAGGCAAAACCUUCCCGAUUGGAUCAGAUCUAGGCUCUCGUGUUACGAUUCGUUCGCUAAAGCGUUCUCUUCUGUCCGACAAUUCUUUCAUAACAAACAAAUGUAAGACAUUUUAGUGAAUCGCAUGAAAUUUAAC